UUUAUUUUUUUGAGGGAGGGGUCGUCGUGAAAGAGGAUAACCGGCGCCACUGGGUGGAGGCUGAGAGCAAACGCAAUGGCUCUUUCAUUUGCUAAAUCCACUUUCCUCUCCAACCCCACUUUAUACUUUCCCAAGAAUGGCAUUAGAGGCUUUGGAUUUCUCCUCCCCUUCUCUUCAUUUUCUACUUCCUCUGCUCUUCCCAAGAGGAGGCAAACAGUAGUCUCUGCUCUUGAGCUUGGUGGAGUCAAGAUUUCUAAAGAUGAAAUAGUAAGGGAUGACCCCACAAACAAUAUUCCAGAUACAAUAUUUGCAAAGCUCGGAAUGCAGCUUCAUAGGAGGAACCAGCAUCCGCUUGGCAUCCUUAAGAAUGCGAUCUAUGAUUAUUUUGACACAAACUAUCCGGACAAGUUUGACAAGUUUGAUGAUCUGUGCCCAAUUGUUUCUGUUAGACAGAACUUUGAUGAAGUCUUGGUACCUGCUGAUCAUGUUAGCAGGAGUUACAAUGACACAUAUUAUGUGGAUUCUCAAACUGUUCUAAGGUGCCACACAAGCGCACAUCAAGCUGAGCUACUGAGGAAUGGACACACCCAUUUUCUCGUUACUGGAGAUGUGUACCGUAGAGAUUCGAUUGACGCAACUCACUACCCUGUAUUCCACCAGAUGGAGGGUGUACGGGUCUUUGCUCCACAUGAUUGGGAGGGUUCAGGUGCUGAUGCGACGUCACAUGCCGCAGAAGAUUUAAAGAAAUGUCUUGAGGGUUUGGCACGACAUCUAUUUGGUGGUGUGGAAAUGCGCUGGGUUGACACUUAUUUCCCCUUUACUAAUCCAUCAUUUGAACUGGAGAUAUAUUUUCAGAAUGAGUGGAUGGAAGUUUUGGGUUGUGGAGUGACAGAACAAGAAAUAUUGAAAAGAAGCGGUAGAACGGACAAUGUUGCUUGGGCGUUUGGGCUUGGAUUGGAGCGCUUGGCUAUGGUUUUAUUUGAUAUUCCAGAUAUUCGACUUUUCUGGUCAACUGAUGAGCGAUUCACUUCUCAAUUUUCUAGCGGCCUGCUGGGGUUGAAGUUUAAGCCAUUUUCUAAGUAUCCACCUUGUUAUAAAGACAUGAGCUUCUGGAUCAGUGAUUCGUUUACUGAGAACAAUCUCUGUGAAGUUGUUAGAGGAAUUGCUGGAGACCUUGCCGAGGAGGUGAAAUUGAUCGACAACUUCACCAAUAAGAAAGGAAUGACGAGCCAUUGCUACAGGAUAGCUUAUCGGUCCAUGGAGCGUUCACUUACAGACGAGGAAAUAAAUGAUUUGCAGUGGAAAGUGCGAGAACAGGUGGAGAGCAAGUUAAAAGUUGUUCUAAGAUGAGCUAUUUCAGGGGGCAUUUGCACAAAUGGCCUUUUCCGAGGCCUAUUUAAAUUCGGUCCGCGUUUGGGCUAAAUUUGUCUGCCAGAAGAAAUAAAAAAACAGAGGAGAAAUUCUUUCAACUACUCUUAAAGGGAAAGUUUAGUCCACCGGGCUAACAUGGGACAAAAUUUAAAGAGUGGCCUAAAAAAGGUCAUACCAUGAAAAUAAUCCCUAUUUCAAAUGUUUGUUUUUGUAGCUUACGCCUUGUAAUUAUUUGCAUUUAGUUAUACGUUUAUCAUGAUUUCUUGAUUGUAUAAGUCAAAUUGCUUAUUUGCUGUCAUUUGGCAUUUUGAGGCCAA